ACAUAUCAUCAACUACAAGUCUACAACUUAUAUCAUUGCACUUGAAGCCCGCGUGCCAUUCUACUCAAUCAUUCACUUUUUUCAGUUGUUGAGUAUAUAAGUCAAGUAGAUCUACUUAGUUUAUCCUCCAAGUGAGAAGAUAAAAAUAUGGCUAAGACAACUCUGUGGCUCAUCUUCUUCAACUUGUCACUACUUCCUUGUUGCUUUGCAGCUCUACAACAUCAAUUUUACAAAGGCAAGUGCGGAUCGUUUGAUGUUGAGGACGUAGUUCAUGAUGUUGUGAGCAAAAGGUGUCGAAACGAUCCGACAACAUCGGCUGCUCUGUUGCAUAUGCUCUUCCAUGAUUGUUUCGUUCAUGGGUGUGAUGCAUCACUUCUCCUAGACGGGGAGGAUAGUGAGAAAACUGCAUUCCCGAGUUUGACGGUGAGAGGCUACGACGUGAUCGAUGAAGCCAAAGGUGCAGUAGAGGCUGUUUGCCCAGGAGUUGUUUCUUGUGCUGAUAUUGUUGUGUUGGCUACUAGGGAUUCUGUUUCAGCAAGUGGAGGUGGAAAAUACAAAGUAAAAACAGGCAGAAGAGACGGACAAAUAUCAGUGGCCAAGAAUGUGGACCUCCCCCCACCAUUCGUGUCUAUGCAAGAUGCCAUUGCUAGGUUUGCUGCAAAAGGGCUCAAUGUUAAAGACAUGGUCCAUCUUCUUGGUGCCCACACUGUAGGGGUGGCCCAUUGUUCAUCAUUUAAAGACAGACUCUACAAUUUCACUGGAACCACAAAACCUGACCCUGCAAUGAAUCCCCUGCUGCUACGUUCACUGAAACAUCAAUGUCCUAAGAAUGCCAAGGUUGAUAAUACUGCAAACCUUGAUCAGAAUCUUCCUAGUUCUACUGUUAUUGACAACUCUUACUACCAGCAAAUACUGAUGAAUAAAGGUGUCAUCCAAUUUGAUCAAGUUUUAUCAUCCCAUCCCCUGACCAAACCAACUGUGACAGCAUUAGCUACAGCUCCUGCUCCUGACUUCUAUAAAAUAUUUGGUGAAGCUGUCGCCAAGAUGAGCGAUAUCGAGGUUCUCACUGACAUGGAAGGUGAGAUUAGGUCUUCAUGUCGAGCUACAAAUAAACCUAAAUAAAUAGAUAAGUAUGUUUGUCGAUGAGUUGCACUUGUUAGAUAUUUGAAUAAAAUUGAAAUACAAAUGUUCAUUUUUUAUAA